AUGAACCAAAUCCCUGGCGAGCCCUUCGACCUCGCCCUCCCUAAUCCGCACACGCCGAUGGCGUUCCUGGACCCCCAGCAAACGUUCGAGGCGACAUUCGCGGUGUAUGUAGCCGUCUGCACGUUCGGUGUGAGUCGAACCCUCUUCGUUCUGGUUAUACGAAAAGGUGUUGACGUGGCGCUGCACAUGCAGGUAUUCAUCUGGGAGACGCUCCACGUUCUGAAGGCAGACUAUCGGUUGGCAUUCAAACAGAAGUUUUUGGUUUCCUCAGCGGUGUACUUUGUGUCAAAGAUAGCAACCUUUGCCUAUCUUCUCAGCAAAAGCAUACACUUGACCACUGAGCUCGAUAACUGCGGAAGGGUGAAUCAGAUCGUGAGCGGGUUCCUCACGGCUUCGCAAUCACUCACCGCUCUCCUGUUCUUCUUCCGCGUGAGGCAAGUGUACGACAAGAGCCUCCUCGUAACGGUGCUCUUCCUCUGUACCUGGGCCAGCCUGACAGCGUGCUACGCACUGACGUUUGGCGCGACGGUCAGCAUGGGCAUCGGGGAGACGAGGUUCUGCAGGACGCAGCAGGUAACACACCCGUUCGCCCAGGUGGGGAGCUGGGCGAGCCUGGUGAAUGGGGCGUCGGUUUAUGGAGCGAUUAUAUGUCGGCUUGCAGGAGCGGUCCCGUUCGGGACGGGAAUGGUCGAAAGAAGAGCACAGAGAUUCAUAGCUGCAUUCUCGCAGCAGGCCCAAGUGUACUAUCUAAUCGCACUCGUCAUGAACGCGGCCACCCUCGUCUUCCACUACGCCAUCCGCGGUCCUCCAGAUUCCUCCUUCCGCAUGCUGCUCGUCGCGCCAAACACUGUGGUCCUAAACAUCAUGGCAUGCCGCGUCUACCGAAAGACGACUCUGCACCCCUCUGAGCGCCCGACGGCAGAGCAGUGGUCGAAGAUGCUGGACAGCCUCAGGUUGAAGCGUCCGCCAUUGACAGAGGUCGACCUGUCGACAGGCAGGUCAGAUCUGGCUAGGGUUGACGUCGAGGACCAGACGUUCCAUUCAAGAGACGCGCGUAGCUUCGAGGCGAAUAAAGCGUCACUCGGGGGUCGGUCGAACCCGGUGGGUGUGGAGGUCACGAAGAUAGUAGAGGUGGAAUCAAUGCGGAGAGAGCCUGAUCUAGAUGAUCAAAGCCAUGCGACGACGAGUCCUGGCGAUCCAAGUGAUGUUGAGCCUGAGGUGGCUCAUCGGCUGUUGUCACCCCUUUUACCGGCCCGGCUGACUGUGGGAACACCCCAGAAAUUGCCGUCAUUGACCGACUCGUUGAUUGCUCCUCCCUACCCCAACCUCACGAACGUCCACAACCACGAUGGCGGCAUGCUUACGAUUUACGAAAAGAGUGUGCCCUUUGAUUACUUCCCGUAA